AAUCUCGUGACCGAGAUGAAUCUCGAUAAAAUGUACGUUGGCUUCCGUCUUAUUAAAACAAACAGUGCAAUAGAAUAUAAAUGACAUAAUAUGUCACUUUGUUUGAGACUCAGUUUAGCCAUCCAUUAAUACGCUUUGGCUAAAACUUUGUACGUACACAUGUUUAUGUUUGUAUUUUGCGAACCGAAAUGGCCACUUGAAGUGUCUAAUAACUUGCUCAAACAAAAUUCAAAAUAUUUGUACAAUCUAAAAUCUAUCGGUCCUAUGUUGACAUGAGAUUUGCAAAAGCAGGUUUUAUAUUUUUAUGCCUCAACUAAUAGCUUCAGCGGGCUACCCAGUGGAAAAGCACAGGGUCACAACAGAGGAUGGAUACAUCCUGCAGUUACAUAGAAUACCAGCUGGAAGAAGAAUCGCCAGAAGAAUAGGACCGAGUUCAAAAAAGAAGAAAGCUGUAUUGGUAGUCAGCGGUCUACUUGGCAGCAGCGGAGACUUUGUCAUCAUGGGACCGGAGAGAAGUUUAGCAUACCUUCUAGCAGACGAAGGUUACGAUGUAUGGCUUGGCAACCUCAGGGGUGAUAUUUACACUAGCCAUACAAACUACACAAGAAAUAAUCCAAAAUUUUGGGAGUACAGUUUUCAUGAGCAUGGUAUAUACGAUCUGCCGGCGUCUAUCGACAAAGUCUUAGAGGUCACUGGUCUACCGAAGAUCAUGUACAUUGGCUUUUCCAUGGGCACAACCAGCUUCUUCAUAACGUUGAGUGAAAAACCUGAAUAUAAUGAUAAAGUUCUGGCGUACAUGGCGCUCGCUCCAGCCGUGUACAUGAGAAAUGUUAAGAACACUGCUGAAACGCUUCUAUUGAAUUGGAAGUUACCGGAUCGUAUGCGGGAACGAGGCUUGCUGUCUGCCACUAUCCCGCGAGAUCUACUAGAGAUGUUUGUCACCAACAUGUGUUACGUCAAAAAGCCUCAGAUGGAUAUGUGCACCAGCUUUAUAUACAGCGUCAUAGGAGAAGACCACGAACAGUAUGAUGGGGACAUGAUGGCCAUCAUUAUCAUGAGAUUGCAGCCGGCUUCAUGGAGACAGUUGGAACAUUUCGGAAAAAUUGCUUUGACAGAUACUUUCACAUCCUGGGAAGGUGGAUUGAAGGGUGCUGUGAAACCGUACAAGCUCAGUAACGUUAAAAUACCUGUAUCCUUAUUCUAUGGACACAAUGAUCGUUUAACUCAGAAGUCUCAAAUCAUGAGGCUAGCUGGCGAGCUUAAUGCAACUGGUGUUUUAGAAGAUUUCCUACCAGCCUGUGAUUGGCCAAAAUUCAAUCACCUUGACUUUGUCUUUGCAAAAGAUGUUGGAACACUGCUCAAUGAGAAACUAGUUGAUUAUAUAGGAAAAAUGUUUAGUAAAUAUGGAUAAAAAAUAUAAGACU